AGAGAAGAAAACGCUGCCCGGACUGCCCGUAACGGCUGUAGAGAGAGAUUACGGGCAGCUCUCUCUCAGUAACCACUAACGAAGAGUUCCUUCUUCAAGCUGAUUAUAUUUACCCCCAUCGCUUGGUCUAUGUUGAUCGGACGGUCCAGAAUGAACGCUGCUUUUGAUCUUAGUUUCUCUACGAUAUAGCUCUGAAAACUCUCCGAUCUGCUUCAUCGGAGCGACGAUCUGUAUUUCCGGGAUCUGCGCUAGUCUGUGUAAUUGUACCGUACCGUACUGAUGGAGACAAGCAGAGGCUCAGUCAGUGUUGCCAUGAUUAGACAGAGUAUGCUAACUUGCGCCUGUCAAUCACUGGUAGCUUUAUUUAUUUCUUCGCUGGUUAAAACUCAGAUCCUCACUCUCACCCAGGUGUACUUGAAGCUACUCGAACAAAAGGGUAAAAAGGGUGAAGAACAUCAUAUAUCUUCCCCAAGCAAACCUCUUGAUGCCGAAGAAGACGGCAAUGAGACGGGGGAUGAUGAUGAUGAAGGUGAAGACUUGUCAUCCGAAGAUGGAGGAAAUGUGAACACCAAUGAUAGCAACUCCAAGAAACAUCCUAGAGAAGAGGAAGCCGGUGCUGAAGAGAAUGGUGAUGAUGAUGAUGAUGAGGGUGGUGGUGAAGACAGUCCAGAUGAUGAAGAUAAUGAUAAACCUGAUGAAGAAGAUGACGACGAAGAUGGGCCUGAUGAAGGCGAGGAAGAUACUGUGGAAGAAGAAGAGGACGAUGAAGAAGAGGAAGAGGAAGAGGAAGAUGAGGAAGAAGAAAUUCAGCCACCAAAAAAGAGGAAGAAGUAAAUUAAUUAUCCACAACAGGCUCAUCUCCUCUUCUAUCACUAUCGAGGUCUGUUAUGUUGACACUUGCUGUAACUGUGUCUUAAUGCACAACUAGAGAGUACUACUUAAAAAACUCCUUAACUGCGGCAAUGUUUAGUGGAUGUUUUCUAUUCAUAAAAAUCACUAUGAUUUGCUGCUGAAUGAGAAUAGAUCAAGACUUUGAUAAGACAA